CAGAAACAAACGCCAAAGCAAAAGCAAUAAAAGUAAUAUAACCAAUAUUUGGUAGCCUGGGAACCAUCUAAUAGAAACGUCAUUUCUUAUAUUCAUUCGCAAAUUAUGAUAUCUGUGACAAUAAAAUUAUGACAAUAAGAUUGUUAUAUAUAAAUCUGCUUAUCAAAGUAAUACCAAGCCGUACGGCAUCUCUGAAAUAAUUUCAAGUAAUUUGUUAUAUCCCAAAAGUGGAUUAUAGAAAUGAAUUCUACAAAAACGUUCAUUGUGAAGGUAGAGAAUUCACAUAUUACAUUAUCAGUAACAGACACAUUUAAAGACCUGCAGAUGAAGUUGAAAGAACAUGGGAUAGAUGUAAACAUAGCGUCGAUGCUAAUUAAAGGAAGAAUGGUAAAUGAGUCUUCUGUCGUAUCAGAGUGCCUUAGUGUCGAAAGUAAGGAUGUAGAGGAUGAGACUGUAGAAUUUGUAUUACCAGAUUUAUCUGAAAUGCCAGAAACAGAAAUGACUUCUGAUCAAGAUGUCGAGACUCAAGAGAUUAAGUAUUUAUUGUGUCGAUUAUGUGGCAUGACGACAGAAGACCCAGUUGAUAUUUUUGAAGAAUCAAAUAUUACAGAAACAAUAAACAAAUUAUUACCGACAUCUAUAUGUCAACAAGAAACAUUAUCACGAUACAUAUGCAGCCCAUGCCAUAAGAAAAUUAUUUUCAUUCAGGAUUUUGUUUUACUCUGUAUAGAAAAUGAAAAAAGAUUGUCAAACCUAACUACUUUAACAGACCAAUCUAUUGAAAUUCCAGUGAAUGACAAUACAGAAGUUGCGAAAAUAUUGCAAAUACAUGACAAAACAAAUAAAUACAGAUGUCCCAAUUGCAAAGUAAAUCUAAUCAUCUCCAAAGAUGUUCAAUCGGAAAAUUUUGAUAGUGCCUUUCAAAUAACUUUAAAUUCAACAGAUAGUGCAGAUGGAUCUGAGAUAAAUGCAGAGCUUAAGAAACAAAAAACGGAUGUCGUAUCACGGAAAGGUACACACAAAGGAAUAAGUACCAGAUCAGUAAGAAAUUUACGAUCAUCUUCCAAUUUACUUAAAAAAAGUAAUACAGUUAGUGAAAGACAUACGAGGAGGCAAACACGGAAUAUAUCUAGACCUACAAAAUCAAAUACUACAGAGAGCCAUGCAAAAAAUAUACAUAACAGUUUAAAUAAAAAAUCUUCUCGAGGAAAGAGUAAAACUAAUUUACGAGAUAUCAGAAAGAGAAUAGUGAAAAGCGAUCAUGACAAUGAAAAACAUACACAGUCACCAAAAAGGAGAAAAAUGGUUUCUGAGACCACAGAAAAUACUUUUCUUACAAUUGAUCCGAAUUUGGAUGUUUCUAAUAUUACCAGUGAAUUCGUUGAUUUUGAUACUCUGGAGGAAAGUAAUGACGAGAGUAUAAAAAGGCCAAUGACACAUAAAUGCGAUAUAUGUGAUAUAGAAUUUUCUUCGGAAGAUUAUUAUCGGUUUCAUGUGGAUCGACACGAGAUGGGAUGUCUCAAUGACUUCAAAUGCCCUACAUGUAAGAAAGAAUUAUCCUCCGAGGAUAGCUUAUGGGAACAUCAAAAAUGCUGUGAAAUAGGUCUUGAAUACUAUAGUUGUACAUUAUGCCAGAAAACGUUCCUUGAAAAAGAAUUAUUAAAUGAUCAUAUGCAAAUUCACGAUCAAGAGGAUACAAAAUCUCUUAAUACAGAUACGGAUACAGUUCAAUCAGAAAAUGGAAAAAAGUCAACUAAAUUAACAUGUGAAGUAUGUGGAGCGCGCUAUGUAUUACGGGAACGAUAUGAAUUUCAUAUAGAAAGGCAUCAUUUUGGAAACAUCAAGACUUUUUCAUGUCUAAUUUGUGAAAAAAGGUUUAAGAGUGAAAACAUUCUGUGGGAUCAUUACCAAUAUCAACAUAGAGCAGGUGAGAAAUUCGCUUGUAUAACUUGUGAGAAAACAUUUGUCAAACGAGCAAAUUUGAAUUAUCACUUAAAAACAUUUGGUCACAAGGGUGGAAAAUUCGUAAACAGCAUAGAGCAUAAUCAAAGCACCGACUCCAGUAACGUGAAACUGUCUGAUGUUGGUAAACCACGACCUAAGAUAACUUGUUUAGAAUGCGGAGCUCGUUUUGUUUUACAAGAAAGAUAUGAAUUCCAUAUGGAACGACAUAAAUCUGGAAAAAUGGAUGUUUGCGUGUGCAAUCUGUGCGGUAGAGAAUCAACAAAUGAAAAUGUUUUGUGGGAUCAUUAUCAGUAUAUGCACAAACGCACGAAACGUUACGUUUGUACUACAUGUGGAAAAUUAUUUCACAAACAGUCAAUGUUGAGUAGGCAUCAAGUCAAAUACGGUCACAAAGGUACAAAAGAAAUAGAUAUCGAAACGGAUGACAAUGCUAUAACAAUAGACAGUGCUGCUUUUAAAAAGGUGAUAGCUGAAGAGAUAAUAGAAAUAAAAUCCGUAAAUUGCGUACUCUGUGGAGAAGUAGUAUGGGGUGUAGACCCAAAUUUGAUAAACGAUGCUGUUACCUGUUCGAAUUGUGAGAGACCUGGACUGUCUUUGCAAGUAGAUUCCGAUGGUGCUAAGGUAAUAUCACGUCGUCAGUACCACUGCAACAUGUGUAACAAACAUUUUACAACAAAAGAUCGCCUAGAGUAUCACAUAAUGCGCCACUCGGAAAAUAUGGAGGAAUUUGUAUGUAGUACUUGUGGAAAGGAACUCAGUACUGAACAAGCUUUGUUCGAGCAUUACUUGUAUGUGCACAAAGGUGCAAGACCACACGUUUGUGAGCUUUGUGGAAAAUCUUAUCAAUUCAAAGCACGGUUAAAGGAGCAUAUGAGAAGUCAUAGUGGAGAACGACCAUUCGCCUGUGAAAUAUGUGGACAACGAUGUAUGACGAAUAAUGCGCUACGCUCUCACAAAAAAACUCAUAUCACAGAGAAACGAUUUCCGUGUCAGAUAUGUAAGAAGGCAUUCAGAAAAAGGCAGGAUUUGAACGAACACUUGGAGAGACACUGGAAGAAUGACAAGACGAUGACGUUACCACAAGUGUUUAGUUGUUCUAUUUGUAUGGAGAUGUUUCCGACUUUUCGGAUUCUGAAAAAGCACAUGAAAGAGACUCACAGCGUGGAGAGUCAGGAUCCUAUAUUGACUGAAUUGCAACCAUGGUUUGAGUGCGAAGACUGUCACGAAAAGUUCAAGCAUCAAAUGUCUUUGAAAGUUCAUCGUGAGAGGGUUCACGAGGGUAAAAUGAAGCCCGUUUAUCAUUGCGAUAUAUGUGACAUCACAUAUAAGAAUGCACGGGUACUCUCGAAUCACAUUAAGAAUAAACACGAGGGUGGUAAACGGUAUAAAUGCGCUCAAUGCGGUAAAGAGUACAAUCAGUCUACGUCUUUACAUAAUCAUAUUUUAUUGCAUACUGGAGAAAAGCCGUUCAGUUGUGAACAUUGCGAAAUGACGUUUCGCACUAAGGAAUCCCGUGAUCAUCAUCAACGAAAACAUACUGGAGAACGUCCUUAUAAAUGUCCACAUUGUGACAAAGCAUUCGCUACUACAACUCAACGUCGAGAGCAUCGAAAACGAGAACACGAUGAAGGCAAUAAUCAUUAUUGUCCGGAAUGUGGGAAAGAAUGUUUUGGUGAACAUGGCGUUAGAAGUCAUUUAAACACUCAUAUGGCCGAGAAACAGCAGUCACAGAAUGAUAUUACAUAAGGGAAAAUGUAUAAAGGAUACUAAGCAAAUAAAUGAUAUAGGGAGUGUACAUUUUUAAAUAAUAUCAAUACGGAAAAACAAUUUUUCUUUGUGUUAAAAAUGAAGUUUAAGCUAUUGCAUCACAAGGAAAGAUAAUUUUUAAUAGUGUACAUGUAUAUAGUAACGAAGAUAGUAAUCUAGUCUAAAUCUUAACAAGUUCUCAUUCUUUAAUGUUGUGAAUUUUAUGAAUAUAGCAUUACACACAAACGGAUUACGUGUCUCUAUACAUGUCAUCUAAGUUCAGUUUCAGUUUUUAAUAUGUUUCUCCAUCAAUGCGUCAUAAAAAAAAAUGGAUUGCUGAAUUAAAACUGAUGUUGGACAAUGUCCGUGUUCAUGUUUAACAUUGAAAUUUACAAUUCAGAGGAAACUAUUGUGUCACACAAUAAUACGAAUACAAUAGUCAUAUAAGAGUUAGGAAAUAGAUAAGUUGUUUAAGUAUGUAUCAUACGCUGAAAAAAGGUGCUGACUUUACAUAUUUUUAAGGCGUAAGUUCUUCGUUAUUUUAUUAGGCAAUAGGAUUUAAAUUAAGUUUAUAAAAUUUUUGUAGACACUACUGACUAAUGAAAAACAAAUACAGUUAAUAUUCCGUUUGUUUGUAGACCAAUAUACCAAAAAUUAUAUAUUUGAACAGUAAUAUGCAGACAUACUGAAGAAGCUGUUACAUGAUAAAAAACUAUUAAAGUUCUAUCUAAUUAGGUAAUGUUAAGAAAAUGUGCACAUUAUGGUUUAUUUUAUACUAUAAAAUUAUGAGCUUCCAAAAAUUGUUUUUGUAGAAAUUUUAUCGAACCAAUGUUUUAUUUGAUAAAUAAUGGAUAUAAUACCUCAAUCGUGGAUUUUAAGCCGUGUGGCAUAUGCAGCUAUACUCGAAAAUAUAUAAAACGGCAAAUGCUAAUAUAUACGAUGUCAAAAUAUAAAUAUUCAGUGAAAAAGAGUUUUCAGAAAAAAAUUAUGAUUUUACAAAUUAUUUACCGCUAUAGGAAUAUGUAAGACUGUUAAAAAAGUAAGAAGAUAUUUAAAUACUUAAUUAUCACAUAUUUAUUAAUGGCGUGUAUAUUACAUCGUUGAAAAUGUACGUUUCCCUAAAUUUGAUCUAUAUUUUUUCACUGUGGACCAUAAAAUUUCCUAAAAUAUGAUUGUGACACAGACUUGAAGUUUAUUAUGAUAUUAAAUAAAAAAAUGCUUUAUAAUAA